AUGUUGCGCAUUAUCUUCCUCUUAUCUCUCAUUUUUGCUCUAUCCAAUGCCUCUGUUCAAGACUUCUGUGUGGCCAACCUGAAACGUGCUGAAACCCCUGCGGGUUACCCUUGCAUUCGUCCCAUUCACGUCAAAGCCAAGGACUUUGUCUUUUCCGGUUUAGGCACUCCUGGAAACACUACAAACAUCAUCAGCGCUGCUGUCACGUCAGGUUUCACCGCUCAGUUCCCAGGUCUGAACGGUCUAGGCCUCUCUACAGCUAGAGUUGACCUACCUCCUAAAGGUGUGAUCCCAAUGCACACCCACCCUGGUGCCUCUGAGGUUCUAUAUGUCCUUGACGGCUACAUUACAGCUGGGUUUGUCUCCUCUGCGAACUCUGUCUACGUGCAGACACUAAAACCAGGACAGAUCAAUGCUGGAAAAUCAGCUGCUGCAGCCUUUGUCACUUUCAGCAGCGCUAGUCCUGGUCUUCAGAUUCUUGAUUUCACGCUUUUUGCUAACAAUCUUCCCACUGAACUGGUCUCGGCUACUACUUUUCUUGACCCUACUUUAGUUAAGAAGCUAAAGGGUGUUCUUGGAGGAACUGGCUAA